UGGUGGUUUGAUUCCCCACCUCCCCCCUCACACACAAUGACGUCCUCUAUGCUUCGGCGACAGCUAAAGAACCUGGUCCAGAACUACUCUGAGGCUGAGGUCAAGGUGAGAGAGGCUACGUCUAAUGACCCAUGGGGCCCAUCCAGCACUCAGAUGGCCGACCUCUCUGACCUGACCUACAACGUGGUGGCCUGCAACGAAAUCAUGACGAUGCUCUGGAAACGGCUGAAAGACGACAAGAACUGGAGACACAUCCACAAAUCCCUGACACUGCUGGAGUAUCUAUUGAAGACCGGUGACGAUCGGGUGCUUCUGAAAAUGAAAGACAGCAUCUACAUCGUCAAAGCCCUCACAGAAUACCGCUUUGUGGAAAAAGAUGGCAAAGAUCAGGGUGGGACAGUAAGAGAGAAGGCCAAGGUUGUCCUUGUUCUAAUGGAGGACGAUGAGAAGCUAAAGGAAGAAAGAGACUUUGCCGUGAAGACCAGAGAGAAGACUUCAAAAAGCUCCGCAGCCUCUUCCUCGGAUGUCGUCAAGGAUCCUAGCUACACGCCAUGCUAUGUGGCCGGGGCCUCAGGGCUCCCAUCCUUAGACAACAUACCCUCAGUGGCUGACUUGACUGCUUCCUUCACCGCCCGCAAAGAGGAACGGAUUCGUCAGGAAAAUGAGAAGAAAGAAACGGAGAGAAGGGCUAAGUUGAGUGACGAUGAGCUGAAAUGGGAAGAUGCAGGCAUAGACACAAACGUCAAAGUUGUUGCUCGGAAAGAAGAGAAGGACGAGAAAGAGGAGGUGAAGCCAGGUCCUUGGGGAGUGCCCAAAGAACCUAAAGAGGCCACAGAUCCAUGGGGCAAACCCACAACACCGGACACCACUGAAAAAGCAGCUAGCAGUGAUCCUUGGGGGGGUUCAACUGAAGCUGAUGAUCAAUUUGCAGCACCUAAAACGGAUGAGGAUCCAUUUGCUGCAACAAAGAAUGGAGAAGAUCCUUUCGUAGCAUCGAAAGAUGAACAAUAUUCCUUCAACGCCACAGAAGACGAUCCCUUCAACGCCCCAAAAGACGAUCCCUUCAACGCCCCAAAAGACGAUCCCUUCAACGCCCCAAAAGACGAUCCCUUCAACUCGGCAAAAGACGAUCCCUUCAACGCCCCAAAAGACGACCCCUUCAACGCCCCAAAAGACGACCCCUUCAACGCCCCAAAAGACGACCCCUUCAACGCCCCAAAAGACGACCCCUUCAACGCCCCAAAAGACGAUCCCUUCAACGCCCCAAAAGACGACCCCUUCAACGCCCCAAAAGACGACCCCUUCAACGCCCCAAAAGACGACCCCUUCAACGCCCCAAAAGACGAUCUCUUCACUGCACCAGCAUCAACACCCCCUAAAGAAGAUCCUUUCUCUGCACCGCCCAAACCCGCUCAAGAUGACUGCUUUGCUGCACCAACAGCUCCGCCCAAAGAGGAUCCUAUCUCUGCACCAUCAAAGCCUAUAGAAGAUGACCCCUUUGGUUCUCCAACAACAACACCACCUCAAGGGGAUUCUUUCUCUGCAUUAUCCCAACCGACUAAGGAUGAUCCCUUCUCUGCCCCAACAACACCCCCCAAAGAGGAUCCCUUCUUUGCACCGUCCAAACCUGCACAAGAUUACGCCUUCACUGCGCCAACAACCCCCCCCAAAGAGGACCCAUUCCCAUCUAGUGCACCAAAGAAUGAUGCCUCAGAUCCCUUCGGUGCUCCUGCUGCAACAUCCCCCCAGGAGAGUGCAGAUGCUUGGGGAGCCCCUGCUAGCUCUCCACCUGCUGCUGUGUCAGAUCCCUGGGAGACACCAUCGACUCCAAAGGAAGCAAACAGUGGAGAUCCUUGGGGAGAUGAGGCCACUGUGACCUCAGCCACUAAUAAUUCUGAUCCAUUCGGGGAUGCAUCCCAACCGGACAAUGACCCAUGGGGAGCCCCAGCUUCAGCUCCAGCCAGCACAGACGAUGCGUGGGGGUCACCUGCUCCACCCUCGGCCUCCUCACCAGCCAAUGACCCCUUCGGAGAUGGAGCAUCCAAAGCCAAUGACCCCUGGGGUAAAUCAAGCAAUGCAACUAGCAAUGCCACAGGAAAGCGAACAAUGCACAAAGAGGAGACGUACAGAAAGACUGCUCAUUUCUUGGGCUCGGCGGGGGCGUCGCUAGUUGACUUGGACGAUCUAUGUUCUUCAAACGCCACCCAAUGCUCCCUCACCAACAACGCGCCCGCCGCCCACACACAAGCCAUCGGCCUGUUCAAAUCCAUGUCGUCAGGCCCUGGGCUCAGAUCAGGGGCUGUUGCCGGGGUGUCCCUUCCUGAUACGUCUCCCUUACCUUGGAGUCCUUUUGGUGCCACCCUUAUGUCCCCCCACGGCGCAUCUUCUGCUAAUCCGUCCAGUGAACCCCCCCAUCUUCAGCUACCAUUCUACGCUAUGGGAGCAUCCUAUUCAGGCUUCGGUGCGCUUCAGGCAGCUCCAGCUACUAGAACAACACCACCUGUUUCUGGGGGACCUCACAUGAAGCACCCCUGUGGGGGAGUGGGACCGGUGCAGACUGGACGUCCUGUGGGGGAUCCCUGGGCAGCCCCCCCUUUGUUGGAAACAGGAAUGGGUCAGUCCAGUUUCUUUGGAGGGAAUCUUCAAACUGGAGUGGGUCUUUCGGGAGGAUCCACUCCGUCGGCCGCAGGUGGAGUCACGAUGCAGCUGCUGUCAGGCAGCGGGCUGAGUGAGGCCGGGGGGAAACACAAUAAUCCAUUCCUGUUCUGACAAUGUGAUUGAUUUGGAAAUGUGUUAAAGAAGCACACGGUGUAGGUUCACAUGUUUCAGCCCUUUAAUCAGCAUCAUCCCCAUUUCUAAGCCAUAAGAUCACAGAUUGUGUUAAUGUGUACGUUACAGUUUGUGUGUGUCGUUACAUUCAGAAGGAGGUUUUUCAAAAAGGAAGAAAUCAGUGGUCUCCUGGAAAGUGCAAAAAAGAUAAAUGGCAAAUAGAUUAAUUAUUAACAGGCAGUGGUAUGUACCUGCACCUUAAAGGGCCCAAACAUGGAGAAACCACAUGUUGAUGCUUCCAUUGAACCCAUCAGCUCCCCAGUGUUCACCUGCUCCCCCCCCCCCCCCCCCCCCCCCAGGUCCAGUUAAUGUAACAGCCAUGGGGUUGAUGUAUACAGAGUAAUAUUUAAACUGUGUGUAAAGCUGUGUACUUCUUAUUUGAAACAAAUCUAUCGCAUCAGCAAAUUGAUUUUUUUUUUUUGUUUUGUUCCAUGCUUAAGUUUUGGAAACUGAUUGCGUGUGUGUGUGUCUGUGGGACCAGUGAAGAAUUUUGUGCGUAUUUGCUGUAUAUUGUGCUGAUGUAAAUAGUGAAAGAAAUCACAGAUAAACCUUGAAAUAUACUUUAUAAGAGAGCAUUACAAUCACGAGUAACUAUUUAUUGAUCUAUUUAUGGAUUGAUUCAUUGCUUGAUUAUUUAUUUGUGCAGCCAUGGCCUCAAACAACUGGUUCAAUCUGAUUCCAGUGAUCACAUGGUUCAGCGGUGAUGGUAUCUGGUCACAUUGCAUCACCAAUCAAUUCAGUAACCAGCGGUGGCUUGAACUUCCCUGUCGAGGUUGGUUGUUGAUCCCUGAGUCGUUCUCUCUGUCUCUCGAGGCAGAAAUGUGUUGUGUGAUGUUCAGCUGCAGCGUUGGCUCAUUAAAAACAGAAUUCUGACCUGCAUGCUGUCCGAGCAGAAUCCUUCUCUGUAUGAAAUAUCACACAUCUUAACAUGAAGUCGCUCUGCAGCCUUCUGCUUCUCUACGGCUCAAGAAGUAACAUGAACAGCAGCAGGAUCAAUGCUAGUGCAUGAGAUCCAGGCUCAGCUUGAACCAUGAAACAGACAUGGUGACAUUCACAUCUCUUCAUGUCCUUCAUGUAUGUUUGAUUCCUUAAUAUGAUCUCUGGUGGGAAAAUGGACUCAAAAGACCUUAAACUAUUAUUUUGUUCCAGUAGAGGAUGAUUCGACUGAAAGAACAUUAGACCAUAACACUAUUAUUAUUUCUCAAGUUUAAUUUAGACAGAAAAUAAAUUUAUUUUGCUCUGUAUCCAGAUUUAAAGUUGUGUUGUGAACUGUGACAGUAUAAAGAACAUUUGAGAAAUAAACUGACACAAUAAGCGA